AUGUUCAAGACGAACAAACAGGAGAAAAUGAAGACGGGAACGAGCAAAGCAUCGAAAACAACGACGAUAACGAAUAAUUCGUCAUUAUCUCAACAACCGUCCUCAUCGCAAAAUCAAACGUCCACUCCACGAGCGUCGUCUGAGAAAAUCCUCGAACCUCCGUCAAUCAAUAAGCUCUUCAAUUUGGCUAAACAAAAGAAAAAGCACUCGGUUCGUUUGUCUUUCUUCGAGAUCAACGUCUCUUACCUUAUACUAACAAUCUACUUAUCAUUGCGGAUGGCCAUCUGGAUUCGAAUUGGAGCUUCGAUUUAUCCCGGAGAAAAGCUGAACACUUGGAAUCUCUUGAUUAAAAAUUGCGGAAUCAUCGACAGUAUGAUUUCUGCAUUUACCGGACUCACAGCUUUCCUUCAUUUCUUGCAGUUAUGUCUCGUGAUGGUAAUGAUCGUGCGACGGACAUUGAAUUGUCUAAAAUUGUGCAGUGUUUUACAGCUUGUCAACAUCUACGUGGAUCUUCUGUUCGCGAUGUGGGUCCUUUAUUACAUGCUUCGUUCUUGUUAUCAGCUCGGAUGGGCGACAGCGAUUGUAUUCUUGCAGAUGCUACCGACGAUUCUCUGGCUUUUCUACCUUCAUUUCUGGUUCAGCCAUGCGGAAAUGAUCUCAUAUUUGAUUCGAAGCCCACUGAUUCCGUUGAAGGAGCUUAUUUCCGAACGAGUCUCUGGAAGUGACAGUGACAGGAAGGGUCAAACCUCCGAAAAGCUACUGACGGCAAAAGUGGCUCGAUCGUGCUCACCGGGAGAUUUGUUGGCGAAACCGUCGACGAAAGAAAAUGAGACAAAGAAAACGAAU